AAUCAGGAUGGCGCAGUUCCGUAGAGAUCGGACGCAGGAACCGAACCUGACUCUCACAUGCGGAUAUCCUUAUUUAUACGUUGACCCCGGUGCUAAUCCUACAAGAACGAGACAAUAACCGUACCCGAGUAUUAUUAGCUGGAUACUAUCGAACGGAGGAUCCGGACCCUAGUGCUUAUGCUAACAGUCCUUCCGCUUUUACUUCAAUUCAUCUAGGACCUGCAUCAUCCCACGCGAUUGACAGUCAGAGUGGACCCCAGCAAGCCAUACCUGCCACCCAUCGGCGUCAUUUCUGAACUCAUGCCUCCACUUUUCAAACCUUCAAGUCUUGCCAGUACAGAAAGCUGGCAUCCGCCUGUUUAUCUGCAGCAUCUUUCUGAAGCCAUCUUGUUGUUCGCUCUUUUUGCAACAGUCUUGCGAUCGUUUCUUGUCGCGCGAAGAGAAGGAAGGAUGACCAGUUCCGGUGUGGGUCAAAACGACUUGGCCAUAACGCAAGAGAAGAAGUUGCCUAUCCACCAAAGAAAAGACUCAUAUCAAGAGGAGUUGAAUACUCCAAGUAAAAAGAUGCAGAGCUUCGAUGAUAAAGUGGAAGAGAAGUCGACAUCGGUGAGACGAGAUGAUAACUAUAUCCGACUACCAUCGCUGGAUCAGGAACCAAACCAGUAUCUCCAAUCGCUUCAACAAGAGACACUUCGACCAAUACUCUCACCAAUCUACCCAUGGACGUCGCCACCACAGAGACUACCAGGACCGUAUGAUGCGCCCUACUUCCCAGUUCCAUUACCGACAGUCAGAAGUGAAGAAUCGUCUGGGAUUAAAGAACAGUCGCCCAUUAUCAAGACGGAACCAGUCCCUGACGAUGUGCCAGAAGAGCUAGAAACCGUAUCGUACACUCGUCGUGUCUCAACACCGAGCAUACCAGACCACGAAUCUCUCCUUGAAGGCGCAGUCACCGUUUCAAGCAAAGGCUGGCGCCGCACUCAAUGGACCGUGACUGCGGGUUGAGACCAUUGAU